GCAUCUACCUCAACCUCUGACGGCAUGCUGACGCUCGACCUGAUCCAGGAGGAGGACGCCUCUCCAGAGGACCACAGCACCUGUGAGGAGAGUUUCCGGGUGGACCUGGAUAAGUCGGUGGCACAUCUUACUGCUGGCCGGCGCCGGUCAGACUCGGAGAACGUCAAGUCGUCGGAGAAGGGCCGGACGGGGAGCCUCCCGCGGCGGGAGGUGAGCUCUUGGGACAGAUCCGGGCAGCGCAAUGACUCCUUUGACAAAGGAACCAUGUACACGCCGCAGGUCCCCAAAAAGCUCUCGCACUCAGAGAAGAACAAAUGUGCCUCCAUGGAGGAAAUCCUGUCUCGACGGGACUCUUCCACGCACCGGGCGGUGCUGAGGAGGGGGCUGGAGGCUCAGUUUGCCUCGGCAGAGCCAGAGCAGCUGUCCCGGAUACAAGAACUGGUUGCACUGAAACUGGAAAAAACUCAGGAACUGUUGACGGAGGUGAAGGGCUACGGGGAAGGCAAGAGGAAGACCAAGGACUGCAGCACCAGCACCACCACCACCACCUCUUCCUCCUCCUCCUCCUCGUCUUCCAAGGCGGACUCUGAGAGGAUCCUGCAGGAGUCGGAGCGGUUGCUGGGGGAGGCCUCCUCCACCUGGAGCCAGGCCAGGCGGGUGCUGCAGGAGAUCAGGGAGCUGAGGGACCUGUACCGGCAGUUUGAGCUGCAGCAGUCGGACUCCAAGCCCAGACAGAGCUCACAGUCGCAGUACAGGAAGAGCAUGAUGUGAAGGCAAGCCAUGGGACAGGGAGGGCGGGACAGGGGAGGGCGGCCACUUGGUCUUCUUUUUUUAAUUAUUAUUUACAGUGUUCGAAAGAGUGAAAAGGUGCCUGUUCUUACCCAAAUUUGCUUCUCGAAGCUUGAACCCUUCCUCUUCUCCCUCCCAACCCCUGAUGAAACAGCCCCGUGUUCCAAUAAACACGGUUAUGGUUUAUA